CAGGUAAUAGCCAAACAUUGAGAGACUCUCAGCGACUCUCAAGACUUGAGUUUUACAAAAAAGGAGACGACACGUUUGCGCCAAGUUGACUUGGUCGGUCGAGGAAGUCGACUUCAGCUUUGCACAAGUUUUUUCUUUUUGAUGGAAAGUCACCUGGAAAUAGUUGGACGGUCCAAACUCGAAGUCUUUCUUUCGCUGUUUGAAGUUUUCUGCGUGAGACUUCCGCGGUUUGCUCGCUGAACAAGUUCCCUUGGAUCAUAGACAGCCAUAACUCAUCUUAUGCGGUCCCAGGGAUUCUGAGCCAUGCCUGGCCACAGCACAGAGGCUCCCAAGGCGUCCGGUCACUACAAACACCACGGCUCUGGCUCCAGAGGGGGGAAGUAUCGCCAGAACAGGACUAUAUCCAGGGAGAGCGCAGCCAGCCAAGACUCCUACAAGGACCCGCAUGGGGAGCGUCAUGUGCAUGGGCAUCACAAUGACCAGCCCCGGUAUUCAGAAAACAAGUACAGCCGCAGCAGAGGCCACCCGAGGAAUGGCACAGGCCGGGGCUCAGAGACUAUAGGAUUUAUUCCCGGGUCAGCAGACAGCACACCUGCCAGCAGACAUACCUGCGGCUCCUGUGCCUCCAUGGGCUGGAGCAGCUGUAAGGCUCUUAUCUGCUGUGUGCUGACCUGCGGAUUUUAUGGCAGCAGGGAGCCAUGUCUGCCUGUUAAUGAGAGCUCCACAGACCACCCCCCUAAAGCAGUCAGUGAGCCUCACCCUCCCAAUGGCAUGGCGGUCACAAACCCCACUUGUGGCGUCCCUUUGGAGUCAAGGAAAUCUCCAAAAGUCUCAAAGUUGCCCACCAGUGACAGCUUCCGCUACCCGGAUGUUCGCAUCGGAGGCCAGACUGUCCACUAUCCUGCUCCGCCCCCUAAACGGACCCGCACGCCCGGUAAGGGGGAAAGCCAGCGACCUAUCAGCAACACUAGCUUGUUAUCCCGCGAGGACUACGACCUGGAUGAUCUGAGUGACACGGGCACAGACAUUGACUCCCUGAUCACCAAGAAGCUUCUGGAGCUUUACGCCCUGCACCAGAUCGACCAGCUGGCCAAGUGCACCUCCGACUCGUCGUUCUCCCGCAAGACCAACGAGAUCAGCGAGCUCAUCUACAGCAUCGCCCAGGACUACAACCUGGAGGAGCAGGAGGCCGAGUGCAAGCUGGUGCACGGGGUCAUCCGCAUCAGCACAAGGAAGGGCAAGAGAAACAAGACCCCCCAUUCGACCGGACAACAGCGGCCUAACGGGAGGAAUGACGGGACCCUGCCUGACAGCGGCAACGAGACCAUGACCAACACAUUCAUGAGCAGUGACUUUCCAGAGGUGAAAGUGUCAGAGCAGACGCCGUCCGACGAGCUGGCGCGGAAAAUGAGACCUUACAGCGAGAGAACAUACUCCUCCAGCUCAGCCACGGCCUUUUCUGCCUACCAUCAUGACACCGAAACAGACUCCUCAGGCGCUCCUCUGCUUCAUCUGUGAUGUUUUGGCGCAGAUGGACAAUGUUAACCCUCCAUAAUGUUAUUUUUUGUUUGCUGUUACUGACUGGAGCACCUUUAAAUGGACUGUUGUUCUCCUCCUUUUAGUGGUCCUGCUAAUGUUUGCCAUUGGAGUGUCAUUUAAAUAAAUGGACCUUUAUCUCUCCAGCAAAUGACCCUCUGAGGAAACAAAGUUUUUUUUUUUUGAAUCAUGAUAAAGACGAUGCUUAUCUUUUAUGUUUGCAUUCAGUGUUUAAAGAGACUUGACUACACUCUUCCUCACAGUCAGGACAGAGACUGAUUCUAGAACAUGACCGUACUCAUUCUUGACUGUGAUGUUUUUGCAAGCCAUGUACUGUGUGUAUAUAGUGACUCCUGCCAUUUAGACUUCUUUUAAAGCAUGUUUUGACCUGAAAACUGCUGUGUUAAGCCAUAUUGUACUGUACAUAUUUCAAGGAUUUCUUGGUUGUAAAACUUUUUUUUUUAUUCACAGAUAAGUCCUGUUUUUAACAAAAUAAAAAUGUCCAUGCUUGUU